CUUUUCUUCUUCUCUGGCGUGGCAUGUCAGUGUCCAAUUGUAAACAUACAUGUACUAUAUCACUCAAUGGCUUCAAUGGAUUCGGGCUGGAAACUCCGCCUGUGGGCCGUCCCUUGCCGAGGCAUUAUAUUAUAGCAAGACAAGCGUGUCUCCGGAGACAGAUCUUUAUUCUGCUGUUCCAAACUGAGGCUCAGGGUGCCUUCAGCGCUACAGUCGAGCCUCUGCACCACAGCAACACUCUGCUGUCAGGACUCCUACACCUGCUCCGGUGCUCAGCCGAGACUAUAGCCUACUCCGACAGAAGAGACACAUCAGGCUGUCAGGUUACUGAGAGGAGAGGAGAUCCUGUUUUGUUUUGUUUGUUUGUUUGUUUGUUUUGUUUGUUUUGUUUUUUCGGAGAGAUGAAACUGGAAGUUUUCUCUGCCCACCACUUCGCGCAGAAGCCGCUGGAGUUGUGUAUGGACGCGGACGGAGGAGUCCCGUCUCCGCUGUCAGGAGACGAACUGGGGUCGGAUGGGGACUGCGUGGCCAACAGCCCGGCACCUGUCACACAGAGCGUCGACGGCGGCAAGGGGAAGCCCUACACCCGCAGACCCAAACCUCCCUACUCCUACAUCGCCCUCAUCGCCAUGGCCAUCCGGGAGUCCAGCAGCGGUCGCCUCACUCUGGCAGAGAUCAACGACUACCUGAUGAAGAAGUUCCCGUUUUUCCGCGGCAGCUACACCGGCUGGAGGAACUCGGUGCGCCACAACCUGUCACUCAACGAUUGCUUCCUCAAAGUGCUGAGGGACCCGUCCAGGCCCUGGGGUAAGGACAACUACUGGAUGCUCAACCCGCACAGCGAGUACACCUUUGCUGACGGAGUGUUCCGUCGCAGGAGGAAGCGCAUCGCCAAGAGGCCCCAUAAGGAGCAGGAGAACCCGGACAUCCUCAGUGAGGACACCCGCCUCCCCGCCCCGGAGGAGAGGGUGGGGGCAAAGUUCUCCAGCGCCUUCGCCAUUGAUAGUAUCCUCAGCACACCUUUCAAACGGAGGGAGGAGAGCCAUGCUGAUGCAGAGCACCCCAGGCCUCGGGUGUACUGGUCCCCAGGGGCCCACCUGCUGCCCUACACUCUGAACUACCCGACACAGCAUACUUACCUGUCAGAGGCAGCGUAUAGCGGCACAGAGCCCAGCAGGGAUGCUCCCAUGUACCUCCAGCACACCGCAGCCGGCAUGGCCGCACCUGAGGCUGCUUUCAAGAUGCCCAGCAAGGCGCGAGGUUUCCAUAUAGAUUCCUUGCUGUCGUGAGACACACGGACUGCUUUCAGACGCGUGCGUUUUGACACAUGGUGUGCACUUUUGUGGGUGAUUUUAGCUUUGAGUGAUUUAACUGUUUAAGUGUAUGGGACUGUGUGUCUCAUCAGGACUACUGUCAGUGAUUUAGCAGUGAAAAGAAACAACAUGGCAUGUUGUCUGUAUAGAUCUAUGUGGUAACUUAAGCAAAUUAGUAGUGUCAUCACAAUACAUUCCACUGUGUGUGUGUGUGUGUGUGUGUGUGUGUGUGUGUGUGUGUGUGUGUGUGUGUGUGUGUGUGUGUGUGUGUGUGUGUGUGUGGUUUAGAGAGUGAGUACUCAUCUAUCCAUGGUUCAUUGGUCAUUUCUACUAUGACGGCUGCCAAGUACCAUGUUAAAACAAAAUCCUAUCAGUCUAUUUAUACUUUCAUGUUUUGUACGACCUGCUGUAUAAAUAUUGUUGUGUGUGUGUGUAUAUAUAUAUAUAUAUAUAUAUAUAUAUAUAUAUAUAUAUAUAUAUAUAUAUAUAUAUAUAUAUAUAUGUAUCUGUGUAAAAAGAUACUGACUAUGCUGCGUUUCGAUUCACGUGGCUGCACUACAAACGUAUGUAAAAAUGUCCCGUGCAUGCCUGUUAUUUUUAUGAAUAAAAAAAACUUGAAACAAUGGAAGCAUGUCAUUCACUGAGUUGUUCAUUGCAGACCUGAAAGGGGAAGGUCGAUGUUAGAUCAGAGGCAGCUGCUGAAGGGAGCGGGUGGGCUUUAUACCUGCUCAACAGCAGUGUCUAUGGUAGAUUCUAUUGAAAAGACAAAAAGCGAAGGAAUUGAUUGGUUCCAAUAAUAGCCUAGAAUCAAACUUCACAUCCAGGUUCCUGUCUUUGAGCUCCUAUAGAUUUUUGUGAAUAUUUGUCAGGAGUUACUUAUUCCAGUGGCAAAAAUAAUCAGCGCAGCAACAAGUAAAAUAAAAUAACAGGUCAAAGAAUAAAUAUUAAACCCAACACUCCCAGUUAUGUUGCUGUCAGUCCACAUGGACGUCAAAAGACACCAGCAAUACCUCUGUUGCGGUGAAAUGUGUGUACAUAAGUUUUCACAUUACAUUUCAGACAAGCAGUUCUACAAAUAAAAUCUGCCAGUGGCCGAAUUCGAAUGUAAUGAUUUCCACCCAGAAGAACCAAUCAGGAAUUAAGGGAAUUUACGUACAAUUAAUGUUAAAUUGUAUUUAUUGUUGUUAUUUUUGUAUUGUGCUACAUAGUGUAGGCAAAAACGUCAUUUGGUGGUACAGCUGGUGUAAUAUCAUGAUCA